AUGUGCGGGAUUUCUACUUGUAUUUUGAUCAAUGGCCACAGUAACAACACCGCUUGCAACGUGGAAACCAACGGCGAUCAUACAACGAACGAUGUAGCAAAGGAACUUGCAGCAGACCUAAAAGCUUCAGUCGAUAUCAUCAAUCACCGUGGCCCAGAUGACUCAGGGAUAUGGAUCAGUGCAAACGAGCAAGUCGGACUCGCCCACUGCCGACUGUCAAUCAACGAUCUAUCCUCUGCAGGGCGACAACCACUUCACAGUAGCGACAACCAACUACAUGCUGUGGUGAAUGGUGAAAUUUACGACUACGCUCGCCUCCGUCAUGAAUGUGAAACAAUUUACAAUUAUCCUUUCCAGAGCGACAGUGACAGCGAGCUUGUUUUGGCGCUGUAUAAGAUCCACGGCGCCCCGGAAUUUCUCACCCAUCUACGAGGCGAAUUCGCAUUCGUCCUCUACGAUGGCCGCGACGGAGCUCAGAGGUUGAUCGCCGCACGCGAUCGUUAUGGAAUAAAACCACUGGUGUAUACUCGCGUCGGGUCCAAACUACUCGUCGCUUCCGAGGCGAAGGCAUUCUUGCCCUUGGGCUGGAAACCGCGCUGGGACGUGCGUGCCAUUGCUGAUGCUGGAUGGAUGUUCGAUGGCCGAACGUUGUUCCGUGGAGUUCGAAAGGUCUUGCCUGGGCAUUAUCUUGAUAUUACAGAACAAGGUGUGCGGCAGGUCAAGUAUUGGGAUGCGGAAUACGAAGACAAGAGUAAACCCGAGACUCGCACUAUCGACGAAAUGAUAUCGGGGGUUCGUGAGAGGUUGGUCGAGUCUGUUCGUCUUCGCCUGCGUGCCGAUGUCCCCAUCGGAAUCUACUUGUCCGGAGGGAUCGACUCUUCUGCCAUUGCCGGGAUAGUUACGGACCUCGCGCGCAAGGAAAAUGUAAAGAUAGGGAACGAGGAGACUGCUCGUGUCACCUGUUUCAGUGUGGCGUUUCCGGAGACAUCUGGGUAUGAUGAAUCACACAUUGCUGAGCGAACGGCCGAUUGGCUGGGAGUGAAGACUAUAAAGAAAACCAUCACCGAGGACACCCUGGCUGAAGACUUUGCGGACGCCGUGUUCCACUGUGAGCAUCAUCAUUUUGACCUCAACUUUGUAGCCAAGUUUGCCCUCUCGACUCUGCCCCAGGAACACGGUAUCAAAGUUGUUAUCACCGGUGAAGGCGCCGACGAGCAUUUCGCUGGUUAUCCAUACUUUCCUGCCGAGUUCCUUCGCGAAGCUGACGAGUCUCUGCCCGACUCACCAUUAUCACAAAACAGUGACCUUCGAAAUGAAAUGUUCCAGGCUGUGCAGCGGGAAAUGAAAGGAAUCUGGCGAAAUGGUGGCGCAACAGCAUAUGAGGAUAGGCCAGCCCUUCCAUCCAUCGCGGGUGUCGGAGCAACAGCUAUGAGCGAUAAUCUUUUGCCGUGGCAUCCAACGGCCACUAUAUUUGCUCCUUGGCUGCAAAACCGGCAAGGUGCUGAAUAUGACUGUCGUAGAACGGUCCUUGCUUCUUACGCGAGCGAUGUUCAAGCUAGAAUGCGGUCACGAUGGCACCCUCUGCACACAUCUAUGUAUAUGUGGAACAAGAACUCUCUGGCGAAUGUCCUGCUAUCGUGUCUUGGCGACCGUACUGAGAUGGCACACAGUGUCGAAGCACGUACGCCAUUUCUGGACCACCACCUCACUGAGUACGUGAAUCGGUUGCCACCCAGUGUCAAACUGCACUAUGCGGGCUGGAAUGGUGCGAAAGGUGGUAAAUUGGGCCCUAUUUGGAAUAAGUCCAACAUGGCCUUGCAGUCGCUCAGCGAAAAAUGGAUUUUGCGCCAGGCCGUGCGUCCUUACAUUACGGACGAGUUGUAUACACGGAAAAAACAACCUUUCCUUGCUCCAACUCGAUGGGCUAAGGAGGGACCAUUGCAUCAAAUGUUCAAGUUAUUACUAACCCAACAAGUAGUGGAAGAACUGGGCUUUGUUAACUACACAACGGUCCAAGAGGCCAUGGAAAUAGCUUGGGGUGAGAAGGCUGACCCCAAAGCCUUCCGGCUCUUGGUAUAUUGUGGCGCUUGGGUGGUCCUUGGCCAGCGCAUGGGUGUAGCCAAGGCGGAUGUAUCUGACUGGGAAAUCAUUGUAUAA